AUUAGGCCUGGGUGUCCAUACACGGCGAACAAUCGAUGCGCGUCGUAACAUUUUCUCUUCCGUAUCCCGUUUAUAUAGUACGGCGACUUCCGCCCUUGCCGUUAAAGCAGUGCGAUCAUGGCGGAGCGCGUUCAGCAGCCCCCAGCUAAACGGCUCUGCUGCCGACCCGGGUAUAGUACGACGUGUAGACAGGGGCAGCGAUCCGGUGGAACAGUAUGCGGCGGUUCGGGGUCUGGUCAAGGGGGAUCCAGUAAAACUCAGAGCCCCGAAUCGCUCCUGGACAUUGCAGCGCGGAAAGUAGCGGAGAAGUGGCCGUUCCAACGGGUGGAGGAGCGCUUUGAGCGCAUCCCGGAGCCCGUUCAGCGGCGGAUCGUGUACUGGUCUUUCCCAAGGAGUGAACGGGAGAUCUGCAUGUAUUCCUCGUUCAACACAGGCGGCGAGGAGAGCGCGUCUAGCGGGGAGAACGUAGACGAGACGCGGCUACCGUUCCGACGGGGCAUCGCAUUGCUGGAGAGCGGCUGUGUGGACAACGUAUUACAAGUCGGUUUUCAUCUCAGUGGCACAGUAACAGAACCCGCCACGCAGUCAGAACCAGAGAUGGUGUGCAGCGUAGCCAUUAGCUUUGACCGCUGCAAGAUCACGUCUGUAACAUGUGGCUGUGGAAACAAGGACAUCUUCUACUGUGCCCACGUGGUGGCGCUGUCCCUGUAUCGCGUACGGCGGCCAGAGCAGGUCAAACUUCACCUCCCCAUCUCAGAGACUCUAUUCCAGAUGAACAGGGACCAGCUACAGAAGUUUGUGCAGUAUCUCAUCACCGUCCACCACACGGAAGUUCUGCCUACGGCCCAGAAACUUGCAGACGAGAUCCUCUCACAGAACUCUGAAAUCAACCAAGUGCACGGGGCCCCGGACCCCACAGCAGGGGCCAGUGUGGACGAUGAGAACUGCUGGCAUUUGGAUGAGGAGCAGGUCCAGGAGCAGGUCAAACUGUUCCUGUCUCAGGGGGGCUACCACGGCUCGGGCAAACAACUUAAUCUCCUGUUCUCAAAGGUACGGGAGAUGCUGAAGAUGCGCGACUCUAACGGUGCUCGCAUGUUAACGCUGAUAACGGAGCAGUUCAUGGCCGAUCCUCGGCUGGCGCUGUGGCGGCAACAGGGAACCACCAUGACGGACAAAUAUCGCCAGCUAUGGGACGAGUUAGGUGCCUUGUGGAUGUGCAUUGUGCUAAACCCCCACUGUAAGCCCGAACAGAAGGCCGCUUGGCUCAGGCAGCUCAAGAAGUGGAACAGUGUGGACGUAUGCCCCUUAGAGGACGGUAACCACGGCAACGAGCUGCCCAAUUUAACCAAUGCCUUGCCGCAGGGUGCGCACGGCAACCAAGAUUUGGGCGCCAGGCCCCACCGGACUGUUUUCACACGAGCCAUCGAGGCGUGCGAUCUCCACUGGCAAGACAGCCACUUGCAGCACAUAAUCAACGACGACCUCUACACCAACUACUGUUACCAUGACAACACUGAAAAUUCGCUCUUUGACUCUCGCGGAUGGCCUCUGUGGCACGAACACGUCCCGACAGCCUGCGCGAGAGUGGAUGCACUGAGAUCUCAUGGUUACCCACGGGAGGCGCUGCAAUUGGCCAUCGCCAUCGUCAACACCCUGCGCGGACAACAGCAGAAACAGCUGGAAAUCUUCCGAAACCACAAAAAAGAUCUGCUUCAUAAAGGUGUGACAUCAUUUACUAAUCUGGAAGGGUGGGUGGGCCACCCUUUGGACCCCAUCGGAACACUGUUUAGCACUCUGAUGGAGACGGGCCGCAGUGAUGAAGAUAAUUCACAGACAGGGUUCCUGGAUUUCUCAGCCAGCGCGAUGAGCUCCAGCAAACACAGCGAACUGCACUUGUUUCCAUCCACGCGCCGCUUCCUGGAGGAGGGUGAGUCAUACCUGGCGCUGGCGGUGGAAACUGCACUGAUGGGACUGGGUCAGCAGAGAAUCAUGCCCGACGGACUGUAUGCCCAAGAGAAGGUGUGCCGCAACGAGGAGCACCUGAUUGCCAAGCUUCAGGAAGUGGACCUGGACAAUACCCUGGUCAAGAUCUUCCGCAAGCAAGCUGUCUUCCUGUUAGAGGGUGGGCCCUACAGUGGUUUGGGAGAGCUCAUCUAUCGAGAGAGCGUUCCAAUGCACACGUUUGCCAAGUAUCUCUUCACAUGCCUCCUACCUCACGAUGCCGAACUGGCGUACAAAAUUGCACUGAGAGCAAUGCGGUUACCAGUGUUGGAAUCCACAGCUCCUUCUGGCGACAUGUCCCGGCCUCACCAUAUAGUAUCCGUCGUCCCCAAUCGUUACCCACGAUGGUUCACGCUUAGCCACAUCGAGUCGCAGCAGUGCGAGCUGGCCUCCACCAUGCUCACUGCAGCCAAAGGUGAUGCACGAAGGUUAGAGACAGUAUUAGAAUCUAUACAGAAGAAUAUUCACUCCUCGUCUCAUAUCUUCAAACUGGCGCAGGAUGCCUUUAAGAUAGCGACGCUCAUGGACAGUCUGCCAGACAUCACUCUGCUGAAAGUGUCCCUGGAGCUGGGUCUUCAGGUAAUGCGAAUGACGCUUUCAACGUUAAACUGGCGGCGGCGAGAGAUGGUACGGUGGUUAGUCACGUGUGCGACAGAAGUUGGGGUUUAUGCACUGGACAGCAUCAUGCAGAGCUGGUUCACCCUCUUCACACCCACCGAGGCCACCAGCAUCGUGGCGACCACUGUCAUGUCCAACAGCACCAUCGUACGGCUUCACCUGGAAUGCCAUCAGCAGGAGAACCUGGCGAGCAGCGCAAGGACGUUAGCAUUGCAGUGCGCUAUGAAGGACCCUCAGAACUGCGCGCUGUCUGCCCUCACACUCUGCGAGAAGGACCACAUCGCCUUUGAGACGGCCUACCAAAUCGUUCUGGAUGCGGCGACCACGGGCAUGAGCUACACUCAGCUGUUCACCAUCGCGCGAUACAUGGACCACCGUGGCUACCCCAUGCGAGCGUACAAACUUGCGACUCUCGCCAUGGCCCACUUGAACUUGAGCUACAACCAGGACACGCAUCCCGCGAUCAACGACGUGUUAUGGGCGUGCGCGCUCAGCCACUCGCUGGGCAAAAACGAGCUUGCUGCCAUUAUACCGCUAGUUGUGAAAAGCGUCAAGUGCGCCACCGUGCUGUCGGAUAUUUUGCGGCGUUGUACGCUGACCACACCCGGCAUGGUGGCGCUGCACAGCCGCAGGAACUCUGGGAAGUUGAUGUCAUUGGACAAAGCCCCGCUAAGACAGCUCUUGGACGCUACAAUCGGGGCCUACAUCAACACAACGCACUCGCGGCUAACGCACAUCAGUCCACGGCACUACAGCGAAUUCAUCGAAUUCCUCAGCAAAGCCAGAGAGACUUUUCUCAUGGCGCACGACGGACACAUUCAAUUCACGCAAUUUAUAGACAACCUGAAACAAAUAUACAAAGGAAAAAAGAAACUUAUGAUGCUCGUCCGAGAGAGAUUCGGCUAGCCGGGAUUGUUUUACUUGAGUCCACCUUUGUAUUGUUUAAAACAAACAACUUCAAAAUGGAAGAAAAAAACACGGAAAACGAAACAACAAAACAAUACGAACCACACCGGUAUUAUGUGUAUAGACUUUCACGCAAAAAAAUGAAAACUGAAAAAAAUGGAACAUUGUCAUGUUGUGGAAGUUUGUGUUUUCCCCUUUAUUUGUGUGAAAGCGUGCGAGAGAAUGGAACGUAAGGAGCGAAAUGAGCGUUUCGGUUUACACUGAGUACAUGUUGUCCAGUGGCGAAAGUCUACACAGCACUCCAAAUCUCUGUUAAACAUUCAUAGCCUCAAACGUGAAAUAUGGCUUUAAACCAAACAACACCUCCAUACUAAGUGACAAGUACCUCGUACGGCUUCAGCUUUACUCCAUCCUGAACCAGUCACACAUUACCAGUGUACUAAAACAAGUGUUGGAAACAUCAUAAAGGGAUAGUUCACGCAAAAAUUAUAAUUCUGUCCAUUUUAACUCCAAAUACUUUCUUUCUUCCAUUGAACUCAGAAGGAGAUAUUAAGCAGAAUGUCCAAGCUACUCUUUUCAAUAUAAUAAAAGUGAAUGGGGACCGGAGGUGUCAAGCUCCAAAAUUUCAAAAUUUCAGCUUGUUCCUAAUCAAGUCUAUCAUAUGACUUUAGAAGACUUGGAAUAUAGCGCACAAGUCUGAUAUACUAUUGUUAUGAUACUUUAAUGGUGCAUUUAUGUCCUUUUUGGAGCUUAGCUUUGUAAAUCACCAUCCACUUUUGUUUAAUGGAUAAAAAGUUGCAUUUUGCAUCUCAUUUUGUGUUUCAACGAAGGAAGAAAAUCAAUGAUGACAAAAUGUUUAUUUUUGGGGGGUAAUAUUUUCCAUUAAACAGUUUGGGACCUCUCAAUUUCUAUUUACUUUUCAGUUUACCAGGCUAAUUUGCGUGGCUUUGCAAUGCUGUUUUGUCCAAAAGCAUGUCACACACACACACAUAGAAACGCUUCAACCCCAUUGUGCUUGCGCUUGUGGAAACUUAGCGACUGUCGACAUACAUUCUCAGGGAUUUUCUCUUUGAAAAAAAAACAGAAAAAAAGAUAGAAAAAGGUCUUGAAAAAAAUGAAAGAAUGAAAGCAUUUUAUUGUACUGUAUAUAUGAUAGUAUAUGUCUGAAUAUUGAAAAAAUGUAUAAGUUAACUAAUUUAUAAAAGGAAUAUUCUAUGUAAUGCAAAAUACUUGAAGCUGCAGUACCUUGGUUUUAAAACAAAAAACAUAUCAGAGGGACUAAACGCGUGCCUCGGGCUGUGUUCGGAAUGGAAUACCAGCUUACUACGUAGUGAAUACUGCGCAGUAUAUAAUAGUAAGUGGAACGGUUGGCAGUAUUUCACUUUAAAUGUUUCAAAAUUGUCACUACGUUGGUUUAAUUCAGCUAAUGGCAUCCAGUUAUCAUCUUGGAAAUAAAACCUGUUGUUUUGUAUUUUUUGUAACUUCUUUUGGCAGUCCCAUCAAACAAUGAGGCAAGACAAAAUUGUCGCUGAUAUUCCGAAUCAUUAACGCAAAUGUGCGUACUGUGCGCAGUAUGCAUACCAUGUACUGCAGCCAUAGUAUGGUGGUAUGCUAUUCCGAACAUAGCCAUGCUGUCGGGGCAGGAAUUGGGCAGUUGAACCUGUGUGCUGGGUCUCUAGGCAGAGCCACUUGCGAUGUGCGAACAGAACCCUCUGUAUUCGCAUCGGUGGUUUGGACGGACACACAGCGAACGAGAGCAGCAAGCCUUAGCAUUAAGAAUAGGGAAUGCAAGAAACGCAGGCCCACGUGCCUCAAAAACGCCUAGAAAUGUAGAUCCAACAGUAUCAAUGUUAACACAAUCAUGCAAAGUGAUUAGCCUAAUUUCGCUCGUUUCUUUCCACAAUAAUCGAGUCACGACGACGCUUCAUUUUUAUUCACAAUAACAUGUACAUGCCUAUCCGCUGACAUCUAACUAGAAAGUGGCUGUGUAGGUCUGACUGUUCAAACGUUUCAAACGCUUUUAUUUGUUUGUUCGGGUGUUUAACGUUUUUCUUUUUUGUCGUUCCUAUAGGAUUCCUCAAACAAAUCGGAAACAGCCUUCUUUCUUGCCUUGUCUUAAUGCUUUAAAAUAACCAAACUGGAGUUCUAACUACCAAACUUGUUUGUUAAAAAUGAAAGCCGACCGACUUUGGUUACAACAUCACUGUCUUCAAUUUUAGCUGAAUGGUUCUGUAUUCUGUGCUUUAAAAUGCAGUUUUCCUAUGUUUUAUUUUUUUAAUUAUUUUUAUUUUUUAUUUUUUUGGUGCAAAAACAUUGUCAAGUGUCCCGCCCAGCUCCUUCCUUAGAGGUAUAUCUGUAGCUCUUUUUGUUUUUUGAUCAUUUAGAAACAGAAAUAAAAUUUUCUCCAUUUUAUUUAUUAUGAAAGGUAAACGAUUGUACUUCUUCACCCGUGUUCAACAUGCUCAUGAAGUUGAAUUUAAGAUUUGAUACGCCGAUAUCAAUUUAUUUAUGUAACUAAAUCACUGUUUUAUAAACUUGUUAAUGAUUCAACAUUUUUGUUUUAAUUAAAAUUAGUUUUUUGAGA